AUGCAAGAUUCUAAUAGUACAAAUGAUUCUAUGAAAAGAUUAUUCUCUAUUAUUAAAGUUAAUAAUACUCAAAUAUGCAAUAGUUCUAUUGAAGCUUCAUAUUAUUCAAGUGAAUUAUAUAAAGAAGCACUUUGUUUUAAUUGUGGUGUAGUAUAUGAAGAACAUAUAAAUUAUGAUGAAUAUUUUCCAUAUUGUGAAGAAUGCAACAAAUUA